UUUCUGUGAUACAAUAAGUAACAUAAGUUUGAUUUGUUAAUAGUAAACGGCAUGAAUCCUUUUGUGUCGUGUUUGAUGAGAGUCUGGUCUUCUUCAGUUCUUUCCGGAUGAUCGCGAUGCAGACUGACUUUAUAAACACUUUAUUUAUUUAUAACUGCAGCUUUAGUUCAUAAAUCAUCAGAGAUUAUAUCAGCACAUGCAGGUCAAAUAAGCAGAUUGUGUUUCAUUUAUAUACUUCUCAGUAAAUUAGUUGUGAUCCGUUUGAUAUGCAUCGUAUGUUCAGAUGUCGUGAGUGUUCUGGAAGACUCGUCCGUGCUCUCCUCCAGAAGCAGCGCUCUUUUUCUUCCCAUCAGCCCCUUCUCUCUGGACGCAUGGAUCUGCGGGCGGUGCUGGAGGUUCUGGAGCGGCUCGCUCCGCUGUCUCUGGCCGAAUCCUGGGAUAACGUGGGUCUGCUGGUGGAGCCCAGCAAGCCCCGGCGGGUCAGCUCCAUCCUGCUGACCAAUGACCUGACCGGGGCGGUGAUGUCCGAGGCCGAGGCCCUGCGCUGUGAGCUCAUCGUCUCCUAUCACCCUCCUCUCUUCCGGCCGGUCAAGCGUCUGCUGCAGAGCGACUGGAAGCAGCGUCUGGUGCUCAGAGCCGUCGAGGCCGGCAUCGCCGUCUUCUCUCCACACACGGCCUGGGACAGCGUCCAGAACGGCCUCAACGACUGGCUCGUGGCAGGAAUGGGCCCCGGGGCGGUGUCGGUUCUGAAGCAGGCUCACUCCAGCGCUCCUCAGAAACACAGGCUGGAGUUCUUCUGUGAGGGUGAAGCGGAGCUGGAGUGUCUUCUGGAGCAGGUCAGACUCCUCGCGGGCAGAGAGAGUGUCCCGUUCUCUUCGGUCAGGAGUGAAGCAGGAGGUCAGCAGGUGGUUCUGACCUGUCCCAGCUCGGAGCUGACCGCUGCCGUCCAGAUCCUGCUGACCGAUCCACACGCCAGCAGAUCCCUGAACAUCACACACGUCCAGCCGGCUCCUCUCCUGGGCUGCGGUCAGGGACGUCUCAGUGUUCUGGACCAGCCGGUGUCCAUCUCUACAGCGCUCCAGAAGAUGAAGACCCACCUGGGUUUGUCUCAUCUCAGACUGGCUCUGGGCGAGCAGCACACACUAGACUCUCUGGUGAAGACGGUAGCGGUGUGUGCAGGAUCUGGAUCUUCUGUGCUGCAGGGAGUGAAGGCAGACCUCUUCAUCACUGGGGAGAUGUCUCAUCACGAGGUUCUGGAUGCGGUCUCUUCCGGCUCCAGUGUGAUUCUCAGCGAUCACAGCAACAGUGAGAGAGGCUUCCUGAGCGUCUUCAGACAGAGACUGACCUCUGAACUGGACGAGACGGUCAGCGUCGUGAUCUCCGAGCGAGACCGAGACCCGCUGCAGGUGAUCUGAGUCCACUGACCACCCUCAAGACCUUCAGAACAUCUUCUUGAAGGAAAUGAUGACAGAAUUUCUGUUCUUGGGUGAUCUAUCCCUGCUGUAAAUGUUACUAUUAACAAGCGAAAUAAACCUUAUUAUAAAAUGCA